GAAGGCCAAAAUAUAACUGGAUUAAGACCAAAUAGAAAUAUAAUAUAUAAAACCAUAAUGUCAGGAAGAUUUGCUGCUCCAGAACCUAAGGAAGAAUCCACUUUUGAACAAAUCAAAAAGGCUCCAAUUUUCGCUGUUGCUGUUAAUGCCACUUUAUUUGGAUUAGGAGUAUUAUUCAUCCAAUCUCCAUUGAUGGAUAUGUUAAUGGUUGAUAGUUUUGAAAUGGUAAAGUGGGAUGAAUUGAAUUGA